ACUCAUUCCCAAGCUUAGUGUUAGCUACUGUCAAUCCCGAGAAGCCAUUCGCUUUGAUGCGAAACUGAAUAGCGUUAACGUUAAAACAAACGUUAUCUUUUCGAAUAUUAAUUUACUUGUAACGUCAACAGCUGGAAGUAUCGUCAACUGGAAACCUCACGUUAACUCCGCUUUUUGUAAUGAUUUAAAAUUAUGCCAGCUAAAACGACUAAAGUAUCGGCCGCGAAGCCACGAGGGAAAGGGUCGCAGCCUCUGGAUGAUUCGGAUGAGGAGUUGGACUUACCCCCUCAAGAAGUGAACUCCAAUGGUCAGGAGCCACCACUCACAAAUGAUGCCGUUCCCGGGGAGCCUGCCGAGGCGGUUGAUGAUCGAAGUUUGGAGGAGAUUCUCGGUAGCAUCCCUCCACCCCCGCCCCCAGCGAUGACCAAUGAGCCGGGCGCUCCUCGCCUGAUGAUAACGCAUAUUGUUAAUAGGAAUUUUAAGUCGUACGCAGGCGAACAGAUUCUCGGGCCCUUUCACAAGCGGUUCUCCUGCAUCAUUGGUCCCAACGGCAGUGGGAAAUCCAACGUGAUCGAUUCCAUGCUAUUUGUGUUUGGGUACAGGGCUCAAAAAAUCAGGUCCAAAAAGCUCUCUGUGCUCAUCCACAGCUCAGACAAGCUCAAGGAUGUGCAGAGCUGUACAGUGGAGGUGCACUUUCAAAAAAUUAUUGAUAAGGAAGGAGAUGACUUCGAAGUCAUCCCCAACAGCAAGUUCUAUGUUUCAAGAACUGCUGGCAAAGACAAUUCCUCCACCUACCACGUCAAUGGCAAAAAAGCCACCUUCAAAGACGUGGGCAUAUUGCUGCGCAGUCAUGGAAUUGAUCUGGACCACAACAGGUUUUUGAUUUUACAGGGCGAGGUGGAGCAGAUCGCCAUGAUGAAGCCCAAGGGUCAGACCGAGCACGACGAGGGUAUGCUUGAGUAUCUGGAGGACAUCAUCGGCUCCUGCCGGCUCAAGCAGCCCAUUCACACCCUGUGCCAACGUGUGGAGCAGCUCAACGAGCAGAGAGGAGAGAAGCUGAACCGGGUGAAGAUGGUGGAGAAGGAGAAGAACGCGCUGGAGGGGGAGAAGAACACAGCAGUGGAGUUCCUCCAGCUGGAGAACGAUAUCUUCAAGAAGAGGAGCCAGCUCUGCCAGUACUAUAUCCAUGACCUACAGAAACGUGUGGUGGAGCGCGAAGUGGAAAAGCGGCAGAUCCAGGACGACACCGAGGAGCUGACGGAGAAAAACAACAAGCUGUCCGAGGAGAUGAAAGGGAAGACCCAAGACCUGAAAAAUGUGGAGAAGAAGCUGGGGAAGGUGACCAAGUACAUCGAGAACCAGAAGGAGAAGUUCACCCAGCUGGACCUGCAGGACGUAGAGGUGCGCGAGAAGCUCAAGCACUGCAAGAGCAAGACCAAGAAGCUGGACAAGCAGCUGCAGAAGGACCAGGAGAAGCUGGAGGAGGUGAGGAACAUCCCGGCCAGCAGUGAGAAGAUCAUCACGGAGGCCACGAACAGGAAGGGGCAGCUGGAGGGUCAGAAGGUGGUGGAGGAGGAGAAGCUGGCCCAGGUGAUGGAGAGCCUGAAGGAGGAGACCAAGGGUCUGCAGCAGGACAAAGAGACGAAAGAGCGGGAGCUGAUGGAGUUGAGUAAGGAGGUGAACGAGACACGCUCCCGCAUGGACGUGGCCCAGUCGGAGCUGGACAUCUACCUGAGCCAGCACAAGAGCGUGCUCACGCAGCUCAACCAGGCCAAGGACACGCUGCAGGGCGCCACAGACACCCUCAAGGAGAGGAAGGCCGCCAUCAAGGACCUGGAGGUCAAAAUCCCACAGUGCGAGCAGCAACUCAAGAAGGAUGAGCAGGAGCUGGAGCAGGUGAGCCAGGCUGACGGGCAGGUGCAGGAGGUGCUGCGGGACAUGCGGCAGAAGGUGGAGGAGGCCAAGAGCUCCCUGUCCUCCAACCGCAGCCGCGGGAAGGUGCUCGAGGCACUCAUGCAGCAGAAGAGGAGUGGGCAGAUCCCUGGCAUCCUUGGACGCCUGGGUGACCUGGGGGCCAUUGAUGAGAAGUACGACAUCGCCAUCUCCUCCAGCUGUGGGGCUCUGGACAACAUCCUGGUGGACACCAUCGACACGGCGCAGAAGUGUGUUACUUUCCUCAAAGCGCAGAAUAUCGGAGUGGCCACCUUCAUAGGCCUGGACAAGAUGAAGGUGUGGGAGCGGAGCAUGGGCGCCAUCUCCACCCCGGAGAGCAUCCCGCGCCUGUUCGACAUGGUGAAGGUGAAGGACGAGGCGGUGCGUCCGGCGUUCUACUUCGCCCUGAGGGACACGCUGGUCGCCAGAGACCUGGAGCAGGCCACCAAGGUCGCCUUCCAGAAGGACAAGCGCUGGAGGGUCGUCACCAUGCAGGGACAGAUCAUCGAGCAGGCCGGUACCAUGACUGGAGGAGGCAGCCGGGUGAUGAGGGGCAAGAUGGGCUCCUCCAUCGGCUCAGAGAUCAGCCAAAAGGAGCUGGACGGCAUGGAGAGCACUCUGCGGGAGAAGCAGAGGCAGAGACAGGACUAUCAGCAGCAGAGGCAGCAGCUGGAGGAGAAGGUGCAUCGCCAGAGACAGCAGCUCAGAGACAUGAAGAACACUCUGGAGAAGUACACCGCCAGCAUCCAGGGUCUGGCUGAGCAGGAGGUUCACCUCAAGUCCCAGAUCAAGAAGCUGGAGGCUAGUGUCGUCGCCGCUGCACCUGACAAGGCCAAGCAGAAACAGAUGGAGAAGAACCUGGACGCCUUCAAAAAAGACUUUGAGGCGGCGUCCAGCAAGGCAGGGAAGGUGGAGGCAGAGGUGAAGCGCCUACACACCCUCAUUGUGGACAUCAACAGCCACAAGCUGAAGGCCCAGCAGGACAAGCUGGACCAGGUCAACAAGGGGCUGGACGAGUGCACCUCCGCCAUCACCAAGGCCCAGGUGGCCAUCAAGACCGCCGGACGUAAUCUAAAGAAGUCUGAGGAAACGGUGGCCAAGGUGGAGCAGGAGGUGGAGGAGAACAAGAAGACCAUGGAGGAGCUGACGGAGCAGCUGAAACAGCUGGAGGAGCAGGCAGGGGAGAUCAUGAAGGCCUGCCAGGAGGCCGAGGAGGCGCUGCCAGAGGUGCAAGAGCAGCACAAGUCGGUGCUGCAGGAGAUCAAGGUGCUGCAGGAGCAGGAGCAUGCGCUGCAGAAGGAGUCCCUCAACGUGCGCCUCAAAGUGGAGCAGAUCGACACGGCCAUCUCCGAGAACAACAACAAGAUCAAACACUGGCAGAAAGAGGCCACCAAGCUGUCUCUGCACCCUAUUGAUGACAAGCCAGCGGAGGAGCUGCUGCCGCUGACGGCCGAGGAGCUGGAGGCCAUCAGCAGCUCGGACGUGCUCAAGAACGCCAUCGCCCUGCUGGAGGACCGCUGCGCCCACAUGAAGCCCAACCUGGGUGCCAUCGCAGAGUUCAAGAAGAAGGAGGAGCUGUAUCUGCAGCGGGUGUCUGAGCUGGACGACAUCACCACGCUGAGGGACGACUUCAAGCGCGGCUACGAGGAGCUGCGCAAGCAGCGGCUGCACGAGUUCAUGGCCGGCUUCAACAUAAUCACCAACAAGCUGAAAGAGAACUACCAGAUGCUGACACAGGGGGGCGACGCAGAGCUGGAGCUCGUCGACAGCCUGGACCCCUUCUCCGAAGGCAUCAACUUCAGUGUGCGGCCCCCGAAGAAGAGCUGGAAGAAGAUCUACAACCUGUCGGGCGGAGAGAAGACUCUAAGCUCGCUGGCGCUGGUCUUCGCCCUGCACCACUUCAAGCCCACGCCACUCUACUUCAUGGAUGAGAUUGACGCCGCCCUCGACUUCAAAAACGUUUCCAUCGUGGCCUGCUACAUCUAUGAGCAAACCAAGAAUGCCCAGUUCAUCAUCAUCUCCCUGAGGAACAACAUGUUCGAGAUCGCAGACCGCCUGAUCGGCAUCUACAAAACCUACAACACCACCAAGAGUGUCCCCAUCAACCCCAAGACCAUCAGUCUGCAGGAGGUGGUGUCCUCUGCCUGAGGUCUGCACAGACUCCACUCUCUGUCUCCUGUAUCUGUCGAUUUUAAUGUUGUGUAUCGUCUAAUCGUUUUCCUGUUUCCAUUUUGUCUUUUACUCCUCUGUUCAUCAUUAUGUAUAAAUUCUUUACACACAAAGCUGCUCUUUUUUAACUAUUACAAAUAAACUUUAUUAAAGUGUU